CAUCAUCUAGUCCUAAACAUCACAUUUCCUGUAGGCUGAGCAGAGAGUGCGUGACGAAAGUGAGAAGCUGAGGCAGCAAGAGCAUGAGCAAAUUGCAGAAAAGAGAAGCAAGAAUUGGCUGGCCUUUUCUUUUAGUUAUAAUUAUAUCAAUGCAGAAAGAAAGAGAAUCAAAGUAUUUGGUUCUUGUCUGAUUAGUUAAUGAAGUGGUUGACAUUUACUCUCUUUUGUCUGAUUAGAAUUGCUGCCAAGGCAGAAGAAAAGAAAGAUGCAACCUUGAUUGAGCGGCAAAAAGAGCAAGUUGGUUUCUUUCUUCUCUUAUUCUCAAGGAAAGUUGAGGCGCAGGAUUUCCUGGAGCAGAAGAGCGCUGGGCGACAGGAGCGAUCUGAAUAUCAGAAACAGAUUGGGGAUCAGUAUAUUGCAAAAGUCGAGAAGCAGUUGGAGAGGUGGCAAAAUGCCAGGAAAGCGAGAAAAGCAAACCACGAUUUUAUUUGUUUGGGUUCCCUUAAUUGUGUUACCUUGAUAAACCUAACCAAAUCGAUAGUAUAUGUCAAGACAAUAAUUUUGCCGUCAACAAUAAGGCUGUGAUCCCUCUUGCACCUAAUAAA